AAAUAUCUGUGUCAUGCGAAUUGUUAUUCUGUCACUUAUUCUGUUUAUGCAACUCUUCCGUGAUUCACAGACAUGUAGACUACAGUCCCCGCAGCAGAAAUGGUUCACGUCUAUAACUGUCACCCGUUCGCGUCUCAGCACAUCGUAGCGGCGGAGCAGGAGCCUGGGCUGGUGUGCUGCGGCGGCGGGGCGCUGUUCGUAGUGAAUGCUGGAGGCUGUAAGAUCGAGGCAUAUGAUCUGCAGCAAGAGGGAUGUCCGCUUAUCUGCCGGUUCAGCAGCAUGGGUUCUGUGCUCAGCAUCCACCACAGCACAGUAGGGGACUAUCUAGUCACUAUUGAAGAGAAGAACAAGGCCACUUAUCUCAGGGCCUACACUAACUGGAGGUACCAGGCUGCCGAGAAGACUCGUGUUGGGGUGCGUCUGUUGGGUCACUUUCUGCGGGGCUCGUCCUUCCGCGGAGCUCCCAAAGAGCAAAUGGAGAUCAUUGAAAUCCCUCUGUUUGAGCCGCCAUUGUGUAUGGCAUGCUGCAGUCUUACUGGUGAUCUUCUAGUGGGCUGUGCAAAGAGUUUGGUGAUCUUCAGUCUGAAGCGACAGACACUGAGCGAACAGCUCUCUGUGCUGGACUUCGAGAGGGUUCUCAUUCUUCACAUCCAGGGCUGGAGCCCGUCUCAGGUGGCCUUCUGUGCUGGAUACGUAGCCCUUCAAACGGAGCUGGAGGUCCUGGUGGUGAAGCUUACCCCGCAGCAGAAGAGCAGCCAGGCUGCAGAGCAACACGCGCUGCUACCAGAAGAUAUCAUGACUGAAACCAGCUUAGAUGAAGAUGCAGAGAUGAAAAAAGAUGGAUUCAGCCCUCUCCAUGAGCAAGAGGACUUCUUUUUGUUCCCAAAGCAUCAGGAGAUGUUGGGUAAUGAAGCCCAGGAGUGUGGCAUCUCUUUAGUUCUGGAGUGGACUGGUAUGGAGGCGGAGAGCCGAGGAGACAUGAGCGUGGUUUACAUCUUAUUCAGGAGGUUUGCACCUGAUUUCUUCCAAGGUUGCAGUGUUGAGGAGACACACUUGCAUUCCCUACAGCUCCACCCCAUGUUUACUGAUAAACAGGAAGAAGCCUCUGUCUCCAAAGUUGGGGAACCUACAUGUAUGUUUGUUUUCUUCUCCUUGCCGAACACCGGUUACAUGUACAGCUUGAAGGACACCGUGGAGCUCGUGUCCACCUACCAGUACCCAGAAAAGGCCCACCAGGCUGUGCUUAGUGACCAGUUCCUUUAUGUCAUCACCAGGAAUGCUCUCCAGUGUUUCACCGUCAGGUGCAGUGCGGUAGCGGCUCGGCUCGAUGACCCAUACAUUGACACCACCAUGAAGGCCUGUCCACCCUUCACAAUGGAUGUGUGUGCUCUGAGGAUCCAGCUCUUCAUUGGAUUGAAGUUUCUCUGUCAGGAUGGAAAUCAUAUUGUUCUCCUGACAGCAGCAGACGUGGACAGCAAAGAGGACAUGGAGAGAUCAGCCCGCAAAAACACUGAAUCGAGGGAACACAGAACCCUGACAGGCAUUUUAGUAGCUGUAGGUCUAGAGCCGUCCUCAACACCAACUCUGGAAAGCCUUCUGUCAAGGUCCUUCCUAUCCAGGAAGACCUCCAUCUCCAAAUCCACAGAGCCGACUGACAGCGGUCAUGGCUGGAACCUUUAUGUCAUCAGUUCUGUGUCCGCACUGCAGCUCUACAGAGAAAUAGUGGAAUACAGCAAGCGAUAUGAGCAAUCGAGCCCGUCGUCUCAGAGCUGCAUUCACCUGCUAAGUGAAGGUCACCUGCUCCUGCGGACGGCACUGCUCAUGCGGCGGGACUGUGAUCCUGCGGAGAGAGCUCAGCUGCAGCAGGCCUUUCAGGAGAGCUGUGCUCAAUUAGGAGACUGCUUCAGCAGGUUUGAUAAGAAGGACUGUCACUUGGCUCUUCCGUACUAUAAGAUGUCAGGCCUCACUGUGACUGAUGUUAUCAAAAGAAAUGUGUCCAUGAGCUCCUUUUCAAACGGUUACGGCAAAGGAUUUCUCUUCUUCCUGAAGCAUUCAAUCUACGAGGAGACCAUGGAGGAGCUUAGCAAGGACAUGGCUGAUAAAGUCCUGGAGAUCUUUAGUGCGGCUGAACCUGCUCAGCUUCCUCAUGUUGUGACCAGUCCGUCCAUGCUGAAGGCUGAUCCUGACAGCGCCAUGACCCACCUGAGACAGCUGGAGGCCUCCGGUGCCCCGUCCAUUACCUUGUCUCUCUGUAUAGCCUCCCUGGCACUUCGAAAGGGUGACCUGCACACUUACAGGCAACAGAUGGACCUCCAUGCUGAGAUGCUGCAGGUGUACGGCUUCAUAGAAGUGCCCAAACUACUGCUGCACGGCAGAGGGAAGGCCGUGCUGCCCACCAUACUGGCCCAGCACUUGCACGACACACGGGAGGGUCUGCUGGUGGCGGCGGUCAUAGCGCUGCAUGAGAACAGCAAAAUCAGACUGGAGGAGGCCGAUCUUUUCUUCCAGGAGCUGUGUAAGGAUGGUGUUGAGGUUGAGAGCAGUCCUCAAUUACUGGUGGAUUUCUGGGAGGCUCUGUUAGUAGCAUCCUCUCAUGAAUCCAUUAUCCAAGAGCUGCUAUUCCGUCUUACGUCUGUCUAUAUUGACCGUAUCACGCACAGAGAUCGCUCCGGUGUCAAAGCCCUCAAAACGGCAGAGGACCUGAUAAACUCCUGUUCUCAUUAUGGAAUGUUGUAUCCAUGGGUGAGCAUCCUGACGCCUGUCCAGUUCAACAUCACCCAUGACCACCAGGAGGACCUACACAAACUUCAAUCUCUGCUGUGCGGCCCAACGCUGGAGGUCUCGUCCAUUCUGCCUCUGUUGGAGCAACUUUCUGACUCUGAUGGCAAUGGUCUCAGCGUGCACGUGCUCUGUGCCACCAAACUGGGCCAACACGAGAGCUCCAUCGACAGACUUCUAGACCGAUGCCCACAAGCCAUCAUCUCCUACGCCAACCACGAGCUACAGAACGACAAACUGCCUCUGUGGUGGCAGAAGCUUUUCCCUGAGGUCUGUGACAGGAUGAGAAAAACAGGAAAUGACAACGCCGUCCUCCUCUCAGCACUCAAAGAAACUCUGGUUGUGGCGGCCAAAGAGUUGAACCCGUUAGAGUUCCUGGAGUUGUUGCCGGAUGAUGGAACGGCCCAUUUUUUCCUGCCACAUCUACUUGAAUGCAGCCAAUGAAAUCUUAUGACACUGGCAUUUAUUUUAGACAAUCGCCAAAUCAACACUAAACUUCUGGAUUUAUAGUCGUCCUGCUGCUUUGAAUGCUGAUAACCAAAAAAAACUGUUAUGUGUCCACUCAGAUCUUUGACUGCUGUGAACAUGAUCUGAUUUCAACUACAUGUUACAAUCAUUCAUAAAGUCUUGAAGUUUGCUUAAAAAAACAGGUCCUCCCAAUUUAAGUCAGAAUAAAUAGACUAUAUAAUAUAACAAAAUACAUUGAUGUACAAUUGUUAAAUUACAAGUGUUUUUUUUUUAAUUGCUUGUUAGGCUUGCACUGCUUUUGUUUGAAUGUUUCUCGAAUGUAUGUGUGCACAUUACCCACAAUGCAUCUAUCAUCUCAUUUUAUAUGAUUUUUCAGAAUGAAGAUUUUUAAGUGUCCUUUUUUUGUUUAUCAUUAAAUUAUAUUCAAAUGCA